UGCUCAUUUGCCGAACAAGUCGAAUAAAUAAUCGCUCGUCGCAGAGUCCGGUUUGAAUUCCAUCUCCUAACAGAUGGCAGAGUCCAUCGAAUAACGGCUGCAAAAGGCCUGAUUUACUCAAGAGGCAAUCAUCAUGGGUUGAUUAGUCCAGUUAGCUAAGCUAAAAUGUCUAUACUUUGCGUUCUAGUCAAGAAAGCAAGGAUAAAGCCACAUCAAGCCAAAGGCAAGCCUAACAGCUAUGUGCGGGCGACCUUGCAGAAUGUCUUCCUCGACUCUGAAGAUGUCAAAGGAUUUUCGCCUUCGUGGGAGCAAGAGUUUAUUUUUGAAACCAGUAAACUUGACCAGAGCUUGUUAUUGGAGCUCUGGAACAAAGGGUUCUUCAAGGAUUCACUGCUUGGAAGUGCGGAGAUUCCUCUCAUGGAGAUUCAUCACUCAAAUGAGGAGGGGAGUGGAACAUGGAUUUCUCUGACACUGGAAUCCAGCAAGGAGGGGCCAAUCCCCUCUGGCCAUGAGCUCAUGAUUGACACAAGAUUCGAGUUACCAUCAGGGUUGACAAGGGAAGAGGAGAGGCUACUACAGGAAAAGCUUGACACGUUCUACACCAUCAUGGACCAAGAGAUUAACAUCUUGAAAGAGCAGGCGGAGCGCGAGCGCCACAAAAAAGAGGUGGAAUCAGUACAAAGUGAAGAACCGGACAUAACCAACGUCGAUUGCAGCGUUGAAUCAGCAGUGGAUGUAGUUGAUGGAAGUGUUGAGUCCGAUGAAGUCCCCAUCCUACAAGAACACGAGAUCUUCACUGUGAACGUGAGCGAUAGCGAAGUAGAUCAACAGCGGCAAGACAGACGGAGGCGCGCACAGGCCCAUCGUCACUUCAAGGUUUACUCGCCGACUCCAGGUGAAGACAUCGAGGAAGGAGAGCAGGAGGAAGAUACCGUGCUUUGUAUGCCUGAGAGUCAGCAGGACCUGCAGCAAGACCUGGAGGAAUUCGUCAGCGAGUUUUGCAUUGCGGAGGAACUCAAUGAAAUGUUUGAAAUCGUUGAGGCGGAGUCUGUUGAGGGUCUCUUUGAUGAGGAGCAGAUGGAAGAGGAGACUGUCGUAGGUGAAGACGGCAAAACCUUGCCUCCGUCCUCCGGUCUAAAGAGGAAGGCUGCCAUCAAGGCAAAGAUCUCACCGAAUUCGCUCAAGAAGCAAAAUUGGAUCGAACGAAAUGAGCAACUUCUCAAAAGUGUCGAGAGUGGUAUCGCUUUGGGCAGACGCAAGCAGUCCAUUGCGUUUCAUCAUCCACGGAUGAUGGCCAAACGCAGGUGUCCUGCUCAACUCAUCAUGGACCAGCGGGCCAACCUGAACGAUGAGGAACUGAAAACCCAUGUGUACAAGAAAACAUUACAAGCAUUGAUAUAUCCGAUAUCAGACACAACUCCGCAUAACUUUGAAAGCUUCUCGACCCAGGUUCCCGCGUACUGCUACGAGUGCGAGGGACUACUGUGGGGCCUGGCCUGGCAGGGACUCAAAUGCAGAGAUUGCGGUGUCAAGUGCCACGAGAGAUGCAAAGACUUACUCAACGCUGACUGCUUACAACGCGCUGCGGAGAAGUCUGUCCGGCACGGCUCUAAUGAUAAAACCCAGAGCAUCAUUGUCGCCAUGAAAAGUCGAAUGGAAGAGCGAGAACGACUCAAGCCGGAGAUAUUCCAGUUGAUCAGGGAGGUUUUUCGAGUUGACCCCAAAACCCAUGCAGGCUACCUUAACAAUGUCAAGACCCAGAUAUGGAUGGGAACCUCCAAGUGGUCAGCGAAAAUCAGCAUCACAGUGGUCAGUGCGCAAGGGCUGAUUGCCAAAGAUAAAACAGGCACGAGUGACCCUUACGUCACGGUCCAAGUUGGCAAGACGAAAAAGCGCACAAGCACCAUCCCGCACGAACUGAACCCUGAGUGGAACGAAACUUUCCUGUUCGAGUGCCACAAUUCAUCUGAUCGUAUAAAAGUUCGCGUCUGGGACGAAGAUGACGAUAUAAAGUCACGUGUUCGUCAGAAACUGAUCCGUGAACCGGACGAUUUUCUCGGACAGACUAUAAUAGAGGUCCGGACACUUAGUGGGGAAAUGGACGUCUGGUACAAUCUCGAAAAACGUACAGACAGGUCAGCGGUCUCUGGUGCCAUACGCCUGCGAAUCAGCAUCGAGAUCAAAGGCGAGGAAAAGGUGGUCCCUUAUCACACGCAGUACACGUGUCUCCACGAGAACAUAUUUCACUUUUUGUGUCAAAAGAAUGGCGGCCAAUUUCCAGUCCCUACCUCAACAGGGAGAGACGAGCCCUGGAAAGUGUUCUUCUCUGAGCCAGCUCUUGAAAUCGUGAACGAGUUUGCUAUGAGAUACGGCAUUGAAAGCAUCUACCAAGCUAUGACUCACUUUUCUUGUCUCACCUCAUGCUACACACACCCUGGUAUCCCGGCCCUCAUCAGCUCUCUCUUUGCCAACAUCAACGCGUUCUUCUCACAUACAACCACAAACUCCGCAACCUCCGCCACUCACCGCUUCGCCGCUACAAACUUUGGGAGCGAUAAAUUCGUCAAAAUAAUCGACCAUCUUCAUAACACUCUACGAAUCGACAUGGCCAACUACAGGACCAACUUCCCGUCGUCAAGUCCAGACAAGUUGAACGACCUCAAGUCUUCCGUCGAUAUCCUCACAAGUAUCACAUUUUUCCGAAUGAAGGUUCUAGAUCAAAGGCCAACGAGAACAGCAGAAGUUGUUGCGGAAUGUGUUAAGAACUGCAUGAGGGCAACUUAUGCAUUCCUGUUCGCAAACUGUGUGGACUUGUACGACCGCGAGAUUGCGAAUGAGCGGUCAGCGGAAGACCCUGACCAACCAUCAGGCCCGAAAAACCUUGACUUCUGGCCCAAGAUCAUCUCUCUUAUUGUGUCGGUGAUCGAGGAGGAUCGCGGGAUAUACUCACAAGUCCUCAACCAGUUCCCUCAGGAGCUAAAUGUCGGCGAAGUGAGCGCCGAGACAUUCUGGAACUUGUUCGCCUCGGAUUUACAGGAAAUGCUGCAAGAUCAUAGUACUACCCCUGAAUGGACGAGCGCGGAUUACAUGAAUCUUCACUUCAAGGUGAAGUGGUUCUUCAAUGAAUAUGCGAUGAACACACCAGGAAAUAAGAACAUGAUUCCUAGAUACACUGGGUGGUUUGAGCCGUUCGUGUCGCAAUGGUUGACGGAAAAUGACGAGGUUUCCAUGGAGUUUAUGAUAGCAGCACUGGAACGAGACAGAAAGGAUGGGUUUUGCCCAAGUGCGCAGCAUUCGGUGUACUCCAACUCUAUCGUGGACAUAUUCUGUUCACUAAAUCAGAAUUACGAAAUCAUCAAGAAACUGGACUGCCCUGACCCGGCCAUCAACACGCGUUACAUUAUCAAGUUCACUGUGACAGUGCAAAAGGUUCUGCUACAAUACGCCGAGAACAUCACCAACGAGUUCAAGCGCUUUUGUCACCAGGAGGAAACGGCAUGUAUUCUGAUGAAUAACAUCCAACAGUCGCGAGUAAUGCUGGAGAAGCUUUACGAAACAAUGGGUGGGGGAUCGAUCUCGCCAGACUGCAGCGAAGUGUUCAAGGAGCUCCAAGUGCAGCUAAAUCACACUUUGGAUGAACUGUGUGUCAUAUUUGUACGGAGCUUGGAUCCAAAAAUACAGGACAGUAUUCGGGGAGUUGGCAAUUUGCUGUUCAAGAUCAAGAGCGUGGGUCAUUUUAACAUCACUGUCCCAAGCUGCCGCGCGGCGGUGGAGCAGGAAUCCGCCAUGAUCCUUCAACCCCUGAUGGACAUACUAGAGGGAACCCUGUCGCUUCUUAACCGCGCCUGCGAGAAAUCCGUCCUAAAGCGCCUACUGAAGGAGCUUUGGAAAGUCGUCAUGGCUAAUUUUGAGCGUAUUGUUGUUUUGCCGCCUCUAAGUGAUGUUAAGGAUGCUGGCAUCAUUGGCCAAGAGUCUCGCAAUCUUAGUGUUCGUCAGUGCGCAGUCCUCGAAGCCGCUCUGUGUAGAAUCAAGGAUUAUUUUUAUGGAGACGGCAGCGGUUUGCGCAAGACCUUCCUCGAGAAAUGCCAGAACAUGCAAGCUCUACGUCACGCGCUGUCGCUCUACACACAGACUACAGACUCGCUCAUCAAGGAAUUCGUCAGAACACAGACCUCGCAAGAAGAGCCUGGUAUUGACGACCCAGUGGGGGAGGUGUCAGUACAAGUUGACCUUUUUACCCACCCUGGCACGGGGGAACACAAAGUCACUGUAAAAGUCGUUGCCGCUAAGGAUCUCAAAUGGCAAUCACCAGGAAUGUUCCGGCCGUUUGUUGAGGUGAACGUCGUUGGACCACACCUUGGAAACAAGACACGAAAACAAGCAACGAAAUCCAAGCGAAACACGUGGUCACCUGCCUACAACGAGAGCUUCUUCUUCAUUCUCGGCAAUGAGGUGGACAUGAUCAACUAUGAGCUUCAUAUCGCGGUCAAGGACUAUUGUUUCGCCCGCAUGGACGCUAUAGUAGGGAUGACAGUCCUUCAUCUUAGGGACAUUGCUGACAUCGGGUCCAUUGCGUGUAACGCUCUCCUGGGCCGGGCCCUUCACAUGGAUGCCACUGGAUGGACCAUUCUAAAAAUUCUGUCCCAGAGGUCUGCCGACGAAGUUGCUAGGGAUUUUGUCGCGCUCAAGUCAAAUCGUAGGGCAGAAGGGUUUGAUUAGAGGAAGUCGGGUUUUCACAAGGUCCGCUUCAAUGAAGUCGGGUUUUCACAAGGUCCGCUUCAAUGAAGUCGGGUUUUCACAAGGUCCGCUUCAAUGAAGUCGGGUUUUCACAAGGUCCGCUUCAAUGAAGUCGGGUUUUCACAAGGUCCGCUACAAUGAAGUCGGGUUUUCACAAGGUCCGCUUCACAGAAGUCGGGUUUUCAAUAACUGAGGUCGAGUUUUCACGAAAUCAACCCCACAUUAGUAAUGUUUUUACGAGUUCAGCCUUACUUUAAUUCGGGAGUUCACCUUCACUACUAAUACUAAUACACUGUCCACAAGGGCGGACUACCGAACGCCGGGUUUUCACAAAGUACAAAAUCAUCGGCGGUCAGUGUUACAAGUGAGGCCUGAGUUAGGCCAAAUUUUAACUGUUUUGUAGCCAUCCAUUGUCCCAGAACGCAAGAAAUAGAAUCAAUCAAAUAUGGAAUUUGUCAGAUAAUAUAGUUUUAUAGAAAAUACGAUAUACUUUAUUUACAUAACACUGUAAUGAGUAUGUGACCCAAACAUGAAAGCGUCAUAUUUAAAGACAUGCAUUUCUCUAGGAAUAUUUUCUAUCGCUUUUAAGAUCUAAAAGUUCUUGGUAAUCAUUUAAAAAUCAAUCAAUGUCGUGCGCGGACAAGCUUGGGAAACUAAUUCAGAGAAUUGAGACAUUUUAUUGGCAAGAGCUAAGAUUCAUUAGGGCAUUAAGACAGAAAGGACUUCUUGCUUCAGAAGGGUCCCAUUUACUUAAAGGCGGCCAAGCUCGCCGCCAUUUAACACCCCUUAAAACCCCUUAAAACCCAAAGUCACUCAAAACAUCCAUUCCCAUCCCCUUUCAAGCAAUUUAUUGAGGUAAUUUAAAUCGAGUAUUGUUGCCCUAGUAUUGAACCUCAAUUGUAAAUGACUAUUUUGAACUUUUCUUGCAAAUGCACAUGUGAAUUGGCAAAUGUAAAAAGUGGCUAAUUGACAUUUUAACAUGAGUCAGGGAUAUGUGAAAACUCUAGUAUUCGAUCGCGGCCAUUUUUUUUAUAUUCCUCAUAUUUUAGACAUCAAGGAUACACACAGAUACAAGUGAGAUGAGAGGGGGCGGAUACGCAUGUUAUACAGAUCGAGGGUUGGUAUUAUAACUUGUAUAUUUUAAGUAAACGUUUUAAACAUGUAAGCAACGAAUAAUAACUUGCAUGCAAAUUUACAUUAAUGCUCGAAAUGUAAAGAUAUUGUAUGCUUGUGGGUGAUAAAGUAUAUAUUAACAUUUUCGUAACCUAUUCAAACUUAUUAAAUAAAUUGAAAACUUAUUUUUACAUGAAAAAA